AAUUGUGGCAAACAUUUACAACUCGUAUGGAGUGAUGAAUUCAACGGCAAUUCAAUGGACAAUAAUAAGUGGGAAAUCGCCGACAAAUGGCGGGACGGGAGGUGUGAGGACAAACCUCAAUACCAACUACACUGCGACUCAAACUCGUUGAAAAAUCUACAGCUCCGGGAGGGCUGUUUGGCCAUUACGGCCGUAUGCGAGACACCGGACACAGACCGGCACCGAACCGACCUCUUGGCCACUGACUACACAUCGGCAUCGGUUGUGUCGACACAGGACUGGACUUACGGUGUGUUUGAGGUGAGGGCCGCUCUGCCCGCCGGCAAACUCUUACGGCCAGUGAUAUCGCUAACUGAGCGCAACGGCACCGGCGGUCAGAUAGACAUCGUUAGCAACGAUCAGACACCAGGUGUGGUAAUCAGCGCUUUGGUCACCGAUUGGUCGGCAGAUGUGGAGGAAUGGUAUUACGAGACCAACGAAACACUACAACACUUUCACAGCUAUACUAUAGAGUGGAGCGAAUGGGCUGUCGAUUGGUUUCUCGAUGACAGCCAUUACCUGUCAUACAAUACGAGUAAACAGCCAUUUGACCGGCCCUUCCGUCUGGGCCUUACUUUAGCUGUCGGCGCCGAUGAGACUGUAUUUCCCGAUCAGUCUCUGUCUUACAAAGACUAUCGGCGCUGGAAUUGCUCGGCACUGAUAGUAGAUUAUGUGCGAGUAUACCAGUGGGUGACUGACGGACAAAACGUUGGUAAAUCAUUGCAUAGUAACCAUACGGCGCGUAACUCACCCGUCAGUGCCCGCAGUGUUUGUCAGGCAAUCAUGUCUUCG